AUGCCCUCACGGCCCAGCUCUUCUAUGCCCUCAUGGCAAAUUCCCCAAGCUGCUCCAGUUCCUCCUGUUGCAAAGCCCUCAGCUCCUGCGACAAAGUCUUCAGCACCUGUGCAUCUCGCCACUUGCCAGAGGACCACAGGCAUCUCAAUUGCCUCAGGAGCCUCUGCAAGUUCUUCAGCUCCUCCGCAACCCUCAACAGGCCCAACCUUGGUGAAGACCAAGGCUACUGCUAGACGAGGCUCUAGACCAAGUCCUCACAAGAAUCAAGUUGCCUUUCAUGUGCCAUCUAGUGAAGACAAAGCUGAUGAUGAAGAACUCGCUGAAAUCAUCAGAGAUAGACAGCAAAGGGCCGCUGGAGCCAAAGAGAUCAAAGGACUCAGUGAUGAAUCCAACGCCUACCGUGCAGAUUGGCUUGGAGCCAAAGUCAGAUUUGUGAAAAUGGCUGAAAGCACCACUGAUGAAAAUCAUGCUGCUGAUGAAAAUGAAAGUACCAGGGCUGAUGAAGCUAUUCCAGCCACUGAUGAAAUUGCCAGGGCAACCACUAGUGUUGCGCCUGAAGAAUACGCUAGGCCAGUUGAAGUAUCUGUCGCUACACCUGAAGACACUGAACAAGUCAGGGCAACUGCAUCAGUUGCGCCUGAGGUAAAUGAACCAAUUUCGUCUGCUCCUCCUGCACCAAUGCCAAGUCCUAUUCUUCCUUCUACAUCAGAAGCAAAGAAAACCAAAGCUGCGGAGUGA